GCGAUCUCGCCGCUGGCCCUCGGUGGGGUGCCGCCUGCCGCGCGCUCGCGCGGCCGAUGGCGGAUCUGCCUCGCGGCUGGCGCGGGCGCUCUCCGCGCGGGGCCCUCCAGGACCGGCUGUCCCAGGAGUGCCUGCUGCUGCGGGGCAGCGUCGACGCCCUGCUCGAGCGGCAUCUGGAGCGGGUCGCCUCGAUCGCGCUCCCCGCGGGCCCGGCCCGGGAGGCGGACGGCCGGAUGCGACACGCUGGCGGCCCCGGCGUCGACCCGGGGCCCGCGGCCGCUGGCGGGGUGUCCGAGGCGCCGGGCAGCGGCAGCGAGGGCUCGCUCUCGGCGCGGCGGUGCCCGUUCGACGGGGGCGCGCGCGGCGCGGCGGGGCGGGCGGAGGGCUGCGAGCGCCGGGCGCCCGCGGGGUGCGAGCGCCAGGCGCCCGCAGAGUCGGCGCCGGGCUCGAUGGCGAAGCAGAGCUCGAACGGCUCGCACGGCUCGAUGGUCAGCCUAGGCCGCGGUUCGCACGCUUCGCUGGGCUCGACAGCCCGCUCGAGGACGAGCCGGGGACUGGAGGUCCUCGUGGACGACAUCCUGAGCCUCGCCGAGCUCGACGAGGCGGACGAGGCCUCGCGCCAGCCCAGGCAGAGUAAGGCGACCUUGAGUCGCAAAGACUCCACCCUCUCCACGUCCUGGGGCUUGGGUGCCUGGGCUAUGGAGGACGGCGCGGAGCGCAGCACGGCGCUGAGAGCCUACCACGCGUUCCUGUGGCUGUGCUGCGGCCAGCGCGGGCUGGCGGGCCUCCAGCCGAUCCUCGGCAGAGUGUUCAUGUGCAUCGACUGGGUGUACAGCCUCAGCGAGCCCGAUCGCAGCGGAUGUUUGCACACCUUUGUCCUCAGCAGGGAGUGGACGACCAUCUGCGCUCUGGUGAUCACGCUGAACGCAGUCUUUGCCAUCUUCUCGACCGACUACGACGCGCGCCACUACCUCGAGCCCAGCGGCUUCCUCGGCGAGACCACGGUCGCCAUGGCCGCCGCGAACGUCACGUUCACGGCGUUCUACGCGGUGGAGAUAGCCCUCAAGCUGCGCCUUCACAGGCUCUACUUCUUCUGCAACCACGAGUGGAACGUGUUUGACCUUAUGCUCGUGCUCUUCAACGUGGUCGACCUGAUCCUCGCCGCGCUGAUCUCCGCCGCCGACAGUGGCCCGACCGACCUCGCGUUCAUGCGGUCCCUGCGGAUCCUCAAGCUGGCGAAGGUGCUGCGCAUCAUACGGAUGUUCCGCAUCGUCAGCGAGCUGCGCCUGAUCAUGAACUCCGUCAUAGGCUCGGUGGUGUCCCUGGUCUGGAGUUUCCUCGUCAUCGUGUUUAUUCUGUAUCUCUUCGGGAUUCUGUUUGUCCAAGGGAUCACUGCACACUUCUAUGAGUUGCAGGUCCCUUUCAGCGACGAGGCAAGCCAGAUGUUUGGAUCCGUUCUCGCUGGAAUGUUGACACUUUACAUGUCAGCCAAUGGGGGCUACGAUUGGAACGAGGGCGUCUAA